AUGCAUAGAAUCAAGAAAAAGCAUGUUGUCAUGAACAGUUACAACAUUCAUGAUCUAAUCAACAAUCCGGAGGAAUCGGAAUCAGACGACUACGAGGACUACGAGGAUGACUAUAUGAUGGAGAUGGAGCAGGAGCAGGAGACUGGAAAUGGACGUGUCCGCAGCUCCAGCGCUCAACGUAAGUAGAAGGCAACAAGAAACUUUCAGGUUGAACUGUGUUUGAUAUGUUAAAAGGCGUCGGAGGACUGGUGCUUGGCUGGCUUAUCUAGAACUAGGUUCUUUUCCAUGUGGCGCGGAGUCACGUUAGGUUACAGAGUUCAAGUUCCCACAAAAACUCGGUUCUUUUCCAUGUGGCGCGGAGUCACGUUAGGUUACAGAGUUCAAGUUCCCACAAAAACUCCGUGGAUUUGUUUUUUACUGCCUUGGUACCAUGCCGCUUGUUGAGCAAUUUUCGUAACAGACCAGGGCUGGGCAAUUGGCCGGCACGGGCUUUUCGUUGGCCGGCCCUUGACCUGUACUCUUGAACCACUUGCAAUAUUCCGAUUGGAUCCAAACUUUGCAGGAUUGUUGGACUUGGAUUGAGGGCCAUUGGGUCCAAGUUUCAGCCCGAUCGGAUCGUCGGGUCCCGAGAUAUGUGGAUCAUUGGCCGAUUUUUUCCAAAAAGCCCGGGCUUCCGGCCAAUUUCGGCCCAUGAUCUACAUUUCUCGGGACCAGAUGAUCCGAUCGGGCUGAAACUUGGUCCCAAUAUGCUUCAACCCAUGUCCAAGAAACCUGCAAAGUUUGGGUCCGAUCGGAAUAUUGCACGUGGUUCAAAAGUCCAGGUCAAGGGCCGGCCAACGAAAAGCCCGUGCCGGCCGAUUGCCCAGCCCUGUAACAGACUAAUCUCAAAAAGGUUCCGAUCCUACCUAGUGAUCUUUCUUGUCGGGCAAAAUGAGAAAAACUAUAAUACAUAUGGUACGAGGUUCGAAUUGUAUCGAUUUCACCAGACUUGAAACAAAGCUAAAAACCAGUUAUUUUCCCGAAUUUUCUCUCAAGUAACAAUAUAACAUUUUCAGCCGUCAAGGAGUCCAACGGCGGAUCUGAGGAGGUUGAGCCGAUCAAGCUACGCAAGCUUCAAGAAUUCUUUACGGUGAAGGAGACUCGCUCCAUCUUCCACUUCCUUCUCGGAGAAAUCCGAAGCCAGAACAAGCACCGUUUGGGACGUGUCGCAAAACGACGCAUCGAGAUUGGAUCUAUCGACUUGUGGACAAAAUUCAAGAAGUGGAGUAAGGGGCGAAGAGAGCCAGCCGUGUACCGAGGACAGUAAGUGCAUAUUUAUCUGUACAGAAUCAUGACAAUUAUGAAACGUUUUCAGCUACCGCAUGAACGCCAACAAGCUUCACACGUUGUCCGGUCUCAGCAUGAUGGACAAACUCGACUUGUAUUACGCUCUUGAUAUCAAAGUGAACAAGCUUGUCCGGCGGCAACUCACUGAGGAGUACGGAUUGGAGAUGACUGACGAGGGUGUUAUCACUGGUAGUUCCGUUCUCAAACACUGGGACCUUGUUCAUCCGGACUCUGACCAGGAGACCGAGGGACCGCUCAAGAUAAAUAAAAGAAAAGGAUGGCUUAGAUUCACCGAGAAGGAUGACGGUUUAAUGUGGCAGUUUGUGCUCGACUAUGUUCAACAGUACCCGGAUCGCAAAAUCUGCGGGACUAAAGUUUGGGUUGAAUUCAUGGAUGAGUACAAGUACCGAGGAAUCGCUGGUAAGAGAACGCCCGAAACUUACCGUGGGAGAUAUCAUCGCAUACUGGAACCAAAUCUCUACUUGAUGCCAAUCGAUAUCGAAACGAAGGCUGCUCUCUAUCAGAGCCUGAAUGUCGAGGUGCCGCUAGAGUUUCGAAGAAAGUAUGCGCUUAGUCUGAAAAAUGGUCAAAAAUAUUGAUUAUCAUUGCAGAUUGAUUAACGAAACCGGUGUUAGACUGGCCAAAGACGGAAAAGUCAUCGAAUAUGCGAAUCGUCCAGAACACCCGGUUCUGCAAUCACGCGUCUACGAGGAUCUCAUUGGCAUUCAUUCCGCCAACCGCACUUCUACUCUCAAAAAGCCUGGAACUGGCGUCAAUGAUCGUGUUCCGUACACAGCAGAAGAGGACCACGAUAUUUGGGAAUUCAUCAUAAACAGUAUGCGGAAUAAGCACGGAAAGCCACUGCGAAACAAGAAAAAGAUGACAGGAUGGGUGUUGUGGCGCGCCUGCAAAGAAAGUAUGGGCUCUGAACGGCAAUGGCAGAGUCUCAGCCAACAGUAAGUUUACGAUUUGACGUUUACAAUAUCAAUUCUGCCAUUUUACAACAUUGCGGCGAACAACUCCUUCUGUCUCAUUCUUCUGUUCUUGUCACGUUAAACAUUAUUUUUGCAGUUUUAUCGAACACCUCAUGGACAAUGUGAUGGCGACGGAGUAUGAUUUGAAGACAAAGAUAGAAUUGUACUUCUUCCUCGAUCUUCCUGUUGAUGAGGAAGUAUUGCGAGUGUAAGAAAUUCCGACUCAGACGCUUCUCCUCAAACAAACUGUUUUUCUUUUAGGUUUGAGACCGAGGCUAUCAUUCUUCUCAACCGAAAACGUGUUAUCAGACAUGCAAUGGGAAAACAUUCUUACUGGGGAAUAGGCCGAAAAGACAUUAUUGGGAAAGAAGGAGGAUACGCCGUCGACAAUUCACCAGAAGACGAAGAUGGUGAUGAUGAAGACGACGACGACGAGUACGACGGCGUCGAACACGAAUACAGCUAUGAAAAUCUUGCUGAUUUCAUUGAACGUGAAGAACAAGAAGCAAAAGCAAGUGAUUUGUUGGAUUCCGUUGUCAAAGUCGAAAAUGCACCGAAGACUGCGGCCAAGACCGAUCAACAGUAUCAACCUGAGCCGCAUGCUGUUGCCGCUCCUGUCAAAUACCCUGUGCACGGCGGGCAAAGGCGCGGUGAAGUCCCAAAUCUGCCGAACAAAGAUCGCUAUCCAUAUAUGUAAGUUUCUGAACUACUUUGUUCUCAGUUUAAUGAAAAAUAUCAUUCCAGCCCACAAUAUGCCCGCCCGAGAGUAUUCCGUGAUCCGGCUUCAUUUCCUGACAUGCCCCCAAAGAAACGUGGACGGCCGCGCAAAGUGAACCCGACGGAAGGACCGGCAGCAAAGAGAGCUCGGAUCAAGAGAACUUUCAAGUAUGUUUUUCCGGAGUAUCUUCUGUUCAGAUAAUUUACAAACUUAUGAAUUUUAAGGCGGUUCUUCAACACACCAUACGAAGAUGGAUUCUCGAGUCAAGGCCCUAGCACGUCGUCCCAAAUUUUGAGCUUUGAGAAUUUGACGGAUAACGGAUUCGAAGCGAAUAACGUUACGGAGAAGAAACCAGAGUUUCUUAUCCAAGACAGCUCGAAAGACGUCAAGCAGGAACCAAUUGAUGACUGCGAACCUGUUCGUGGUGUUCAACGAGCUCUUCCGAACUCUCGCCCGAUUGCCGUUUUCAACCAGACAGCGAAAUUCGAUCCUCGCCUCCUCGACUCCUGCAGCAGAGCUCUUCCUUUCAGACCAAGACGACACGUGCGACUUAUGCCGGCUCCCGUUGCACAAGCACAAAAACCGGGCAAUCGAAUGCCGAAGAAGAAGCCGUUGCCUUAUGAGACUGUCACCGCCACCGUCACCGCCCACAACCAACGUGCGUCAUCGUCGAUGCUCCAGAAUGGAACCUCUCAAUCUUUGUCAAGCAACGUAUUUGGGCAGCAGGUCGAAGCUGUCGAGAAGAAGCCGGAUUGUUUACUGCCUGUGGAACCGCAGGAAGUGAAGCAAGAACCCAUCGACGACUAUGAGCCUGUGACCAAGGCGAAUGGACUCUCUUCAUCUUGGAGGAAAGACGAUCCAAAAGACGAACAGAAGCCGAACCCACUCCAUUUAAUUAAGCCGAAUGCCGUUGACGCGAAUCAUGCUUUGGGCAACCUUCAUGUCGUCAAGCGCUCAAAUGCGGACGAAUGCAGCAGAACUCUUCCGUUUGCACCAAGCCCCCACAAGAAGGUUCCCGUUGGACAGACUCCGGAUGUCGCCACCGCGACCCCAAGUAAUCGUCCACAACGGCUUCGCGUUGUGAAGGUGAUCAGGAAGGUUGGACCACCAAGCAACACGCCGUCGACCGGUAUCGACGCAAACGAUGAGACCAAGUUCACCCCAAUUCCGUCUUCGAUUGUCGGAGCGGGAAUCGGAGUGAAUGCCGGUGCCGGAUUGAGGAUGCUUGGAGGUGAAAACGAUCGUGUGUGUGCCGCUCCAACCACUACCACAACAUCAGAACGAGUCCGGUCGCUUUCCCCGAUUCCCCCGGAAGUGGAAAUCAAGCAGGAGCUGGAUUUUGCUGCAGAGGAACAGUGAGUGUUGCUUGAAACUAUACAAGAGGCAUCAUAUUCUCUCUGUGAUUCUUUUUGAGGGUGACGUAGAACAUUCUAGUCCAUUUGGCCCAAGACCACGGUUUCCGCCAAGUCCGCCGGCUGAACAAGAAAUACUAGGCCACUCCAUUUAGGUCAGCGGGCCGAGAAACGGAAAACGCGAAAAAAAGAGUCCACUUUUAGAACUUUGCUAUUUUGCCGGAUUUAAAACAUCAACCAGAGAGUGGUAUUCCAAAUAUUUAUCAAAUUUUGUGAACCCUAGCAUUCAUUUACUCAUUUCAGAAACGUCGAAUACGCUCCACAGCAUUACGACAAUCCACGGCUUAUGGUAGAGCCAAUUCCCGACAUUGAGAAGGCGUUCAACGAUUUGACCGUUCAACUUCAUCAAUUUACGGAGAGAAUCGAGGACAACGCCGAGGGACUGGCAUUGAAAGAUCGUUUCACAUACUCGACUCGCAUUAACGUAAGAGAUCAACAAAAAGGGAAAAAAGACAAUAAUUUACUUUUUUUCAGACGAUGCACAAGCAUUUUAAAACAACCACCCGUACCAUCUUCGCCGACAGUAAGAAGGAGGACAAGUAA